GGAUCGGACGGAAGAAGAGUGUGAGCAAGAUGAACCUGGAGCUGCUCGAAUCCUUUGGGCAGAACUAUCCAGAGGAAGCUGAUGGCACAUUGGACUGUAUUAGUAUGGCUCUUACAUGUACUUUUAACAGAUGGGGCACUCUUCUAGCAGUGGGCUGUAAUGAUGGCCGAAUUGUUAUUUGGGAUUUCUUGACAAGGGGCAUUGCAAAAAUAAUAAGUGCCCAUAUUCACCCAGUUUGUUCAUUAUGUUGGAGUCGAGAUGGUCAUAAGUUAGUGAGUGCAUCAACUGAUAAUAUGGUGUCUCAGUGGGAUGUUUUGACUGGUGAUUGUGAUCAGAGGUUUCGUUUUCCUUCUCCUAUUUUGAAAGUCCAGUAUCAUCCCCGUGAUCAAAACAUAGUAUUAGUAUGUCCAAUGAAAUCUGCCCCAGUAAUGCUAACAUUGUCUGAUUCGAAGCAUGUUGUCCUACCAGUAGAUGAUGAUUCUGAUCUCAAUGUGGUAGCUUCUUUUGAUCGACGAGGGGAAUAUAUCUACACAGGGAAUGCUAAAGGGAAGAUCUUAGUGUUAAAGAUAGACACUCAGGACCUUGUUGCUUCCUUCAGAGUGACAACAGGAACCAGCAACACUACUGCAAUUAAAUCUAUAGAAUUUGCUCGAAAAGGAAGUUGCUUUCUCAUAAAUACUGCUGAUCGCAUAAUCCGAGUUUAUGAUGGCCGGGAAAUCUUGACCUGUGGUAGAGAUGGGGAACCAGAACCAAUGCAAAAACUGCAAGAUUUGGUGAACAGGACGCCUUGGAAAAAAUGCUGUUUCUCUGGUGACGGGGAAUAUAUUGUUGCAGGGUCAGCCCGUCAGCAUGCUCUGUACAUUUGGGAGAAAAGUAUUGGCAACCUUGUGAAAAUCCUGCAUGGCACUAGGGGAGAGCUGUUGCUGGAUGUGGCAUGGCAUCCUGUCCGACCAAUCAUUGCUUCUAUUUCCAGUGGAGUGGUAUCUAUAUGGGCACAGAAUCAAGUGGAAAACUGGAGUGCCUUUGCACCUGAUUUUAAAGAGCUGGAUGAAAAUGUAGAAUAUGAAGAACGGGAGUCUGAAUUUGACAUUGAAGAUGAAGAUAAAAGUGAGCCAGAACAAACAGGUGCUGAUGCUGCAGAAGAUGAGGAAGUGGAUGUAACUAGUGUAGACCCUAUUGCAGCUUUUUGUAGCAGUGAUGAAGAACUGGAAGACUCUAAAGCUUUACUCUACUUGCCUAUUGCUCCUGAGGUGGAAGACCCAGAGGAAAAUCCAUAUGGGCCUCCACCAGAUGCAGUUCAGACUGCUUUACCUGAUGAAGGAAUAGGCUCUGAGAAGAAGCGGCCAUCUUUGUCCGAUGGACCUCAGCCUCCAAAGAAGAAACCUAAAACAACCAACAUAGAACUGCAGGGAGUACCUAAUGAUGAAGUCCAUCCACUGCUGGGUGUAAAAGGAGAUGGUAAAUCCAAGAAGAAGCAAGCAGGGAGACCUAAAGGAUCAAAAGGUAAAGAGAAAGAUUCUCCAUUUAAACCGAAACUCUACAAAGGGGACAGAGGUUCUUUACCUCUGGAAGGAGCAGCGAAGGGUAAAGUGCAGGCGGAGCUGGGACAGCCUUUGCCAGCAGGUGGUGGAAUUUCGGAGUUGUUAUGAAAGCUUCCCUCCUCACUCCGUCUUUUUUCUUACUUUGGCGUCAUUAUGUGGAAUAAGGACAAAUGUUAAGUCAGAUAAUGGACUGCCUUCAUGUGGGAAAAAAAUAUGACUGAACGGCCUGCAUCUCCAGGGAACAAUUUAUGCAAAUUAUGGAAGAGGAACAUUUUGUCCCUAGUCAUUUCUUUUUAUUAAUAGUAAACGGACAAGGAAAGAUUUGUAUAAAAUCUGAUGGGAAAGAGCUGUUUUUUGCCCAUAAUCUUCUUAGAGUUCCUUAAAGGACAAAGUAUGGAACAAGAUAAGAAGCAUGUGCAUUGAAUCCUGGGUUACUUUAUGUUAUGUGGCUUAAUGCUGGAAUCUCAUUGAAUUCCUGCAACAGGCUAUUGCAUCGUGACUGGCUAAAGCAAAUUACUCUGAGCCUUGUUGUUUAUUUCUCAACCAUCUUGAAUUGUAAAUGCAGUUAGUGCUUAGCUUACUAUCCCACAGCUAUGAUAUAUUGUAAAUUGAUCUAGUUGUCAAAUGGGUUGCUGAAAUCCAAAUGUCUAUGAUGUAUAAGAACAAGAACUAUUUUUCCAAGGGAGAAAAGGAGCAUAUAAAAUAGUUAUGUAGACAGAGCAAAAACACGAGGGACUCUUGUUUCUUCUCAGCAUGUUUUAACCACAUCCAGAAAUGCUUGUUUCCCAAACCCUUUAGGGUUCUAGGGAGAACAAAAUUCCCUAGACUCUGUAGAGGAAGUGUAUAAAAAUGGAAAACCUGGACUUACAUUAAAUGGAUUCAUUUUGUUCAUGUUCUCUGAAAACAAUUUGAGGGUGUGAAUGUUGAUCCUGGGUCUAUUUUAGAAAACAGGCCUUUCAUUCAAGAGAUUUAAAGACAGUGAUGUCUUCAAAGUAUAACUAAAGGAUAUACAGGUGAUUUACAUACUUAGAUCUAUCUGUAGAAUGGAUAAAGGUGUUUUAAAAAUGCCUUUUAGUUUAAUUGUUUUGUUUUCUGCAUAAUGUCCUGUGGUAUGUUUCUUCUAAAUAUAACCUGGGUUGAAAUCUCACAUUUUGUAUAUUAUUAUUUAUGCCAUCCUCACUUCUACAAUUUUAUGCAACUUUCCUUUAUAUAAUCUGGUCAUCUACAGAGCUUUCCAGUGCUUAUAAGAAUAAUAGAAAAGCUGGUUGGAUAAUGACUGUUGUAUUGUUUAUGUGGUAUUGUGAAUUCAAAUCAGAUCUGCAGUUUUCUACAGUUUAGAGUGCUUUGUUUUAUUUUUCAGUUUUCUAUUAUUAUUUUUGUUACUAUUGUAGUUUGUACAUAACCUGAAAAAUAAUUGCUUUGUAGCUACUGUAAAGUACUGUUGUGAUGUUAGCGUCUCUAUUUGUAAAUAAAGAGGUACGUUUUAUUUCUUAAA